AACCGAACUUGUUUCAGAGAUUACUCACUGAUUACACUGACAACAUAUUCAUGAUGCAAAGUUCAUUGAGAUUUUUUACAAAAUUUAGACAGUCAUGUGGCGUGGCAUACAGAUUCUUGAGGUCCCAGAGAAAGGAAUCAUAUAAACAGUUCAAGAAAAUCCAAUAUUCAUUGUUUCCUGUACUGGCAUUUCAACCUUUUGCAACAGUUAAUGCUCUUAGUUUUGGGUUUGGCAAGAAAGAAGAGGUCAAAGAAUUGACCAAAGAAGAAUUAGUUGUUAUAGAAGCUGAUAAAAUAUAUACAGCUAAUGAGAUACUUAAACUGUAUGAUUUCCUAAUUCAGUACAAGGAUUGUCAGAAUGAUGAAAUUUUGUGGAGACUGGCCAGGGCUGCGAGUGACAAAGGAAAACUAGUUCAAAAUACCAAUGAAAAGAAAGCCUGCUUCUUUGAAGCCUUUGAAUACGUCAAGAAAGCUCUAGAAUUAAAUGACAAUAAUUUUGCCUCUCACAAAUGGUACGCCAUACUUCUUGAUUACACUGCAGAAUAUGAAGGCACGAAAAAAAGAAUUUCAAACGCCUUUCAUGUAAAGGACCAUUUAAAGAAAGCCAAUGAAUUAAAUCCAAAAGAUGCCACAUCAUUAUACUCACUUGGAUAUUGGUGUUUUCUAUUUGCAGACAUGCCUUGGUACAUGAGACAAAUCGCUUCAGCACUGUUUGCCUCGCCACCAACUUCAACUUAUGAAGAGGCGCUGGCUUAUUUUGAAAAAGCUGAAGAAGCAGAUCCUAAUUUUUACAGUAUGAACUUAUUAAUGUUGGGGAAAACUUACCUCAGAUUGAAGAACCAUAAUAUGGCGCUGAAAUAUUUAACUAGAGCAAAAGAUCAACCUUUGAAUAAACCUGACGAUGAAAAGGCUCACAAAGAGGCUCUGGAAUUAUUAAAAAGCAUGGGUGUGAAAUUAGAAGAGCAGCAUUAAGAGUGACUUGAGCUCCAGAUCGUUCCCUUAUGUGGAAGAAAUUCUUGAGUGCAAUUUUUUUCUAGAAUACUCAUUUGGUUCUCGAAGUUUCUUUAAAACUCGCGUGUUCAUUUGUCAUGUUUGUGCAAUUAUUCAAAUCAAUAAUGAUGUACAAUUUACAAAAUAUAUAAUGUAAUUGUAAAUGUAAUAUUUUGCUAUUUAUCAAUUUGAAAUGUACACAUGUUUUAUUAAAAAGUUAUUUAUU